AUGCCACCAAGAGCCGUCUCGUCCCGUCUAGCAUGGAUGAAACCAAGGAGUCUCCAAACUUUGACGGGAGGAUGUCGUGUCGGAUCUUUGCGGAAAGUUGGCACUGCUUUCACCGCCGCUGGCAGCAUCUCGGAGCCGCAUAACGCGGUUCCGACCCCGCCCGUGCGACUGCCACGCCGGGAGCUGCUGAAGGAUGCGAAACCAUUCUCGGACUUUCUCACCGAUACAUUCCACCGGCAACACGACUAUCUGCGGAUAUCACUGACCGAGAGGUGCAAUCUCCGGUGCGUCUACUGCAUGCCCGAAGAGGGCGUUCCCCUCUCCCCUCCGAGGGAGCUGCUGACGACCCCCGAGAUCGUGAUGCUGUCAUCCGUGUUCGUUUCUCAAGGGGUCAGCAAAAUACGUCUCACGGGCGGGGAGCCCACAGUCAGGAAGGAUAUUCUUCCUCUCAUGCAGCAGAUCGGCUCUCUCCGCUCCCACGGUCUGCGCGAAUUAUGCCUUACUACGAAUGGAUUGACCCUCCACCGUAAACUCGAGGGGAUGGUGGAAGCGGGCCUGACUGGUGUUAACAUGAGCCUCGACACGUUAGACCCGUGGCAAUUCCAGGUGAUGACGCGGCGCAAGGGUUUCGAUGCCGUGACAAAAAGCAUAAAUAAAGUGCUCGAGCUCAACAAGCACGGGGCGGGCAUCAAGCUAAAAAUCAACGCUGUCGUCAUGAGAGGAAUCAAUGACCGGGAACUUAUCUCCUUCGUCGAGAUGACUCGCGAAAAGGAUAUCGAAGUGAGAUUCAUAGAGUAUAUGCCGUUCGAUGGCAACAAGUGGAAGGAAAACAAGAUGGUCAGCUACUCUGAGAUGCUGGAUCGCAUCCGCGAGACAUUCCCGAACCUGGAGAAAGUGCGGGAUCAUAAGAACGACACGAGCAAAACCUACCAAGUCCCCGGGUUUGCGGGCAAGAUCGGGUUCAUCACUAGCAUGACCCAUAAUUUCUGCGGGACAUGCAACCGCCUACGCAUCACGAGCGAUGGAAACCUCAAAGUCUGUCUCUUUGGGAACGUCGAAGUCUCGCUACGGGAUAUCUUGAGGGAGUCUAAUGGCGGGGAGCCGAUCGACGAGGAAGCUUAUCGAGUGAUGAGGCAGGUGGAGUUAGACCGCCGACAACAGUUGCUAGACCAAUCGGCCCCCCUCAUCCUGGCACCCAAUGAGCAGAAACUUCUAGAGGUCAUCGGCAUGGCUGUGAAGCGGAAGAAGGCAAAGCACGCAGGCAUUGGCGAGCUGGAGCAUAUGAAGAAUCGGCCCAUGAUACUCAUAGAUUCGUUGCCGACCACAUUGCGAACUGAUCGUUCGCAAAACUCGGCCGGGGACGUCGCCAGGAGCCCUCUACCCGUGCUUGGGGCCCCUCGCCACUUCGUCCCUCUGGCGCCCGGUACGGCGACAGGCUACGUAUACGGGCAACAGCUACGGUGUUUCUCGCGUACGAGCUCGCGACACGACACCGAUGAUGACAGUCGUGCUACGCUGACACACGUGUCCCCGUCUGGCUCCGCCCAUAUGGUUUCUAUCUCAGGGAAGAUAGCCAGCAAAAGAGUUGCGAAAGCGGUUUGCAGCGUCGUCUUCACCAAUGAGAUGGCUUGCAAGCUCAUUAGGGAAGACCAGAUCAAGAAAGGCGACGUUUUGGGGGUAGCCCGCGUAGCCGGGAUAAUGGCGGCAAAGAGAACGGCCGAUCUCAUUCCGCUAUGCCACCCGAUUGCCAUCACCAAAGUCACGGUGGACUUGGCCGUGCGCGAGGGUGAAGGCGAAGCCGGACGAAUUGAGAUCGAGGCGACAGUAGCGUGCGAGGGAAAGACGGGGGUGGAGAUGGAGGCAUUGACGGCGGCUUCGACAGCAGCACUCACGGUCUACGACAUGUGCAAGGCAGUGGAUAAGGGCAUGAGCAUCGAAGGCCUGAGAGUGGUGCUGAAGGAGGGCGGCAAGAGCGGGCGAUGGGUCGACGGGGCCCGAGUUGACCCACCGGGGCCGACUAGCGAACAACACAUGUUAUAA